AUGCAGCAGACAGUAAAAGGAAGGAUAACUUUGUGGCGAUUUAUCUCCCUUUGCAUGAUCCCACUGCUUUUAUCGGUAUCUACUGAGAAAGAAGAGUGCUCUCCCUGUAGAUGCUCAUAUACAGCGUGGCGGGGGAGGGCUGUUUGGACUGCCGACUGCUCGGGCCUCGACCUCUUUGAUGCGCCCAACAUCACUGCUCCGAUUUACAUUCUGGAUUUGUCCAACAACAAUUUAAAGGGGGUCACGCAGCUGAAUAUUUCUAGAUUUCAAUAUCUACUGUCGCUCAGGAUAAGAAACACUUCUCUAAGAACACUACCGUCUGAAUUUCUGUCAGGAGGACCGCUUUUACGAGAGAUCGAUUUUACAGGGAACAAACUAGAAUUCUUUUCUCCCGGUUCUCUGGUUAACUUGAAGCAUUUGGACACAAUCAGGGGCCUGGAGGCUGAGUAUUUCAGCGACAAUGCUUUCCUGGGGUUUGAAUCUUUAAGAACUCUAGAAAUCACAUUUUCCCAAUCAAAUAUAUCAGAAAACAUAUUUUCAAACUUAAAAAUAAGUUCCCUGAAUUUAAGAUUUUUAUCUUCCGAAACUAUUCCCGCAAGAAUAUUGCACUUUGGACAGAAAUAUCUUUCAGACUUAACAAUAUUCGCCCCGAAGGUAACCCAACUGAGUGAAUCAAUGUUUAAUGGCCUGUCCUUGCUGGGAAGACUUCGUCUUCAUUUUGAAAGCUUGCAGUCGUUGCCAGUACAUCUCUUCUCCAAUCCGUCCGCUGACGCCAUGCCUCGGCAUCUGCUAAGACUAACCAUCCAAGGAGUUAAGAGUCUCCCGAGGGACAUACUGCAGGGACAGCAGCGGCUGGAGAGCUUAACACUCUCUGGGGUUGAAGAUUUACCUUCAGGAAUAUUCGACGAGAUUCAAACGUUGCACCACUUGAAUUUGUCGACCAGUAACGUAAGAAGAAUUUCGCCGUAUUGGUUCAGCAAACUGGGGAGUCUCAAGUCUUUGAAUCUCAGUAGUUCUGGGCUACAGGAACUUAGGAACGACUCGUUCAUCGGGCUGAAUUCUCUGUCUGUCCUGGACCUAUCGCACAACGAUUUAAACAGCCUUCCAGAGUCGGCGUUUGAAUACUUCAAGGAAACUCUGCAAAGUCUAAACAUUACGGGUAAUUCUAUUGAUUACAUCCAAGAAAAGAUAUUCAGAGGCUUGUUUUCCUUACAAUCACUGGACCUCAGUUACAAUGGUAUUGUAAAAGUUUCCACAAAGGCCUUCACUGAUCUGAGCAAGCUGCAAGUAUUAAACCUGCGAAACAACAUUUUGUAUUAUAUACCAGAAGAUGUGCUCCAAUAUCAAAAAGACCUGCGGAUUCUAGAUCUUUCCAACAAUAAUCUCACGACGUUACCCCAAAACCUUCUACAGAACGCCAUAUCUCUUCGCGUGUUGGAUCUGUCAAAUAAUCCCGUUUCUACAUUCCCGGAGAGGUUUCUAGCACACUCGCGUUUCCUGGAGUUCUUGAUUUUGGAGGGAAACCCACUUCACUGCGACUGUCGCCUGUUUGUGGUCGAGUCCCAGACAUCGGGCCCCAUGUUAAACAUGACGGGGGUGUGUUUGUCUCCGGACUCCCUGAGGGGACAGCCGGUGAGUGCGGUGAUUUCUCAGGAGAGUUGCACCACGGACCAGGAAUCAUCAUCACCAUCAUCAUCAUCAUCAUCAUCACCAUCAUCAUCAUCGUCAUCCAGCACAAAAGGUAGCUCAUACGUAUACACUUCCACAGUCACCAUCAAAACACCACCUACCAGUACCACUUCUCCAGAAAUUGAGGAAUCUACCCCUACCACCCCCAUCACCACUACAUCAUGGACCGACAAUUUUACCACAGUCACCAUCAAAACACCACCUACCAGUACCACUUCUUCAGAAAUUGAGGAAUCUACCACUACCACCGCCAUCACCACUACAUCGUGGACCGACAAUUUUACCACAAGUACAUCAAUGACACAGGAUGUGACGUCAUUCAACCAAACUACCACAGAUAGUAGGCCAACACGAGUAAGUGAAAAACCAGUUGUGUUUGAGGGAAAGGAUUUCGGAAGCGUGUCCUCAUCUGGCAUGAAGGCGUUCUACAUAGCAAUAGGCGUCAUCGGGGCCCUGUUUGUUUUCGGCGUCAUUGCGCAUGUCGUCAGGCGUGGUCGACUCGGCAUCAGAAGCAGAAGUUACAGCAUCAACCAGGAAAUUAUUCACGGUGAUGCCCAGGAACAUAUCUAGAAACUGGGAAUCUUUAAGAUUCUUCCUGACAUGAUCAAUGAUUUUAGAUGUUCUAGAAUUGUAUUUAUUUAUUAAUAUUUUGGUUUGUGUAAACAUGCAUUUAGAAUCAGUAUUAAGUGUCACAACUUGUGCUUUGAACAAAUCCCCUUAAGUCAAAUUAAAUAUCUACUGUACUUAUUUGUGGUUGUAAUACGUGUCUAAAAAUUGAAUAGAAACUGUUUAUAAUGUAAUGUUUUUGGUAUUCAAUGAUAAUGAGUUGCAUGAUUAUAGUGCAUCAUAGUAUCCACUAUCCACAGGUUACUA